UCCUGAUCAGAUAUUCCUCCUCCUGGUGAUAUUAUAAUGUAUCCCAAUAAUGCAGACCCGCAAUCAGCUCCUCAAACAUUACCACCUCAACCAUACGCUGCUCGACCUAAGGUGCAAUGGUCGACCGGGCUUUGUGAUUGCUUUGAUGAUCCCUCCAAUUGCUGUGUUACCUACUGCUGUCCCUGCAUCACCUUCGGCCGCAUUGCUGAGAUUGUGGAUAGGGGACAAACAAGCUGUGUCUCCGCGUCCCGAAUCUAUGUGGCACUUGCUUCUAUCGGGUGUGCAUGUUUAUACACAUGCACGUACAGAACAAAACUGAGAGGCGUGUAUUCGUUGCAAGAAGAUCCCUGUGCCGAUUGCUGUGUCCAUUUUUGGUGCACUCAUUGCGCUCUUUGUCAAGAGUACCGCGAGCUUAAAAACCGUGGCUUCAACCCUGCCAUAGGUUGGAUCGCUAAUGCUGACAGAAUGGAUGGUGCCACCACGACACCUCCAUUUGUUGGAACUGGCAUGACUCGUUUAUAA